UGUGUUUUUCAGGGUGGUGUCUUAGCUGGAGACGUGACAGAUGUCCUGCUGCUGGAUGUAACCCCACUUUCGCUUGGAAUUGAAACUUUGGGAGGCGUAUUCACCAAGUUAAUCAACCGAAACACAACCAUUCCUACUAAGAAGAGUCAGGUCUUCUCUACAGCUGCUGAUGGCCAGACCCAGGUAGAAAUCAAGGUGCAUCAAGGUGAACGUGAAAUGGCCUGUGACAACAAACUUCUUGGCCAGUUCAGCUUGGUUGGAAUUCCACCAGCUCCCCGUGGAGUGCCUCAGAUAGAGGUUACAUUUGACAUUGAUGCCAAUGGUAUUGUUCAUGUGUCAGCACGAGACAAGGGCACGGGCAAGGAGCAGCAAAUCGUCAUCCAAUCUUCUGGUGGUUUGAGUAAAGAGGAGAUAGAGAACAUGAUCAAGAAUGCAGAGCGUUAUGCUGAAGCUGACAAACAGAAGAAAGAAACUGUUGAAGCUGUGAACCAGGCUGAGGGUAUCAUUCAUGAUACCGAGUCAAAGAUGGACGAGUUCAAAGAUCAGUUGCCAGAGGAAGAGUGCAACAAGUUGAAAGAAAAGAUCACCAAGGUACGAGAGAUUCUUAGCAAGAAAGACACAGAAUCGGCAGAAUCUAUAAAGCAGGCAACGAAUGACUUGCAACAAGCCUCGCUUAAACUUUUUGAAAUGGCGUACAAGAAGAUGGCAUCGGAACGGGCUGGUUCUGAGUCUUCGGGAUCCAGUGACAGCAGCAGCAGUAGUAGUAGUAGCCAAGAGAAUGCCGAGAAGAAAGAAGAAAAGAACUGAACAGUGACUGUGACUGUGUGCAUAUUGUGGUGGCAAAGCUGCCAUGAUGUGAAAGCAUCUCAUCAGUGAUAGGUUUCUUAUUUCAUGAGUAUCAUAUGGAUCAUUGUACCUUGAUAUCCAUGGUUACAAUGGCUUGUAUAAUAGGCUAGCAGCUCUUGGGCAUUGAACACUGUGAAGGUAGACUUUCUGUAUGUUAGUGCUUGUGUUGAAAUCUUUUGUUUUGCCUGGUGACUUUCUGCUAUUUUAUUGGAAUAUGACUGUACAGUAAGGACAUCAGCACCAGCUUUGUUGUUACUUCCACGUGGCCAGCAAAUUCCUGUUAAUAUUUGUUCUCUAGUGUUGUCAAAGGAAAAGCCACUGCCCUAGUGCUAUCUUCGUUAGUCCUCGGCCAUUCCCACUGCUUACCAGAGCAGCUUCAUUGACGAACUUUGAUUCAUAUUUACAGUGCUAGUGCUGCCUUCUGACAUCCAAAUAAAAUUGUAUAUUAGUGUU